AAAAAUAUGGUUUUAAUGAAAAGUUGUUGUUGUUUUAAAACCAUAAGGAACGGUAGUUUUGCCAGUGCUAUAUACACUAUGAUUUUGUAUGUAAUAGUGAUGACUGCCUGUACUUUUCAUAUGCACGCUGUCUAUGAAGAUAUUGAGAUGCUGUCGUUUACAUUACUAAUGAUUUGUUUGGCUAUUAUUAUGGUUAUCACAUCAAUACUAUUGUUAAUCGGUUUGUGUGCCGAUAAUGGCCAGCUAUACGUGCCCUGGAUGGUUAGCAUUAUAUUGACCAUUACAAUGGAUCCGUUCAAAGCAGUCAUAUUUGUUAUCGAUUUUAUCAUAUGUGGUAUUAAUGUAAGUGACACUUAG